UUUACGAUUUCGCCCGUGUGUAUUCUACUCAAAUGUUGGAAACGAGAUAUCCGUCGCGAGUCUUUUGCGGUGUUAAUUUCGUUCUCUUUGGUUUUGAUUCCGUUACUGAAAGCAAGAUCCGAUUCAAACUUGUGAAUGGCGGUGGAGUUGAUGUGGGCCAGUACAGUGGAAGUUGCACGCAUGUCAUUGUUGAUAAGAUUGAAUAUGACGAUCCUGUGUGUGUUGCUGCGAGAGAUGAUCGGAAGACGCUCGUCACUGCGUUGUGGGUUGAACAUAGUGCUGAUAUUGGAAUGCCCGUUGAUGCUGCCUCGGUUAUGUACAGACCUCUUAAAAAUUUAAAUGGAAUACCGGGUGCGAAAACUUUGAUUUUGUGCUUGACUGGUUAUCUACGCCAGGAUCGGGAUGACAUUAUGACAAUGGUUGGCCUGAUGGGUGCACAGUUUUCUAAGCCAUUGGUGGCAAACAAGGUUACUCAUCUUAUAUGCUACAAAUUCGAAGGGGAGAAGUACGAGCUUGCCAAGAGGUUGGGCACAAUAAAGCUAGUUAAUCAUCGUUGGUUGGAAGAUUGCUUGAAGAAUUGGCUGCUUCUUCCUGAAGACAAAUAUAACAAGAGUGGUUUUGAACUAGAGACGAUGGAGGAAGAGGCUAAGGAUUCUGAGGAAGAGGCUGAAGAUUCCAAGAUGGGGCAAUCAGGGGGGAGAAAUAGAAACAAAAGUCCCCUUAGUUCAAAAUCUGGUAUAGCUAUGACUCAUGGAUUAUCAAAAUCAGCAAGAGAGGCAUCAAACGCCUUCCCAGAUUCUACUGGUCCACAGGUUUUGCCAAAAGUUGAUAAGGGUAAAGACCCUUUAAUUAUUUCAGGAAACCAGAACAGAUCUGAUCAAGACUUGAGCUUUCAUUGUGUUGAUGACCAAAAGAUAAGCAGUCCGGCUCCUGUUGUUUCUUGGCAUUCUACAUCAUGUCAACUACCUGACACAUUUGUUAAGGCCAGUGAGUCUAAUAAUGCUGAUUUUCCAAAGGCACUUGGCUGCCAGGAUCUUGGCAUUACAAUAAAUACAAAUUCAUCUGAUCAGCAACCUGAUCUGCAUGAUGACGCUUUUGGCUCUAAGAAGUUGGUAAGUGACUUGAGAUCAACUUCUGCAAGUGCUGAAGGAUGUGAACAUUUAGAUGUAAAGCUUCGUGCUAUGAGUUAUGCUAGGAAGAACCAAAGGGGAUUUACUCUUCCAAGGACUUUAGAUGAAUUCUCAGGCAGAGAAGUCAACAACCUUGAAACCUCUUCCAGUAAGGUGGAAAAGGCAAGUGAGGGAAUCAAAUCUACCUGUCUUGAAGGUUCUGGGAAACGAAGUGAUUUUGUUGAAGGGAAUGAGCCAAUUAGUUUAUUGCCUCAAAAGAGGACAAAUGAAGCUGCUCCUGCUUCUACUAAAUUAAAAUCAAGAAAGAUGACUGCUGACGCAAAAUUAUCCAUUGAAAGAAUGCCAUUAGCAAAUGGAAAAUCUCAAGGGUUAAAAGUGAAAUCUUUGGUGGACGAGGCACCUGUGGCUGACGGCUGUUUUUCUGUUAGCAAAGAUGGUAUAAAUAACUCAAGCAUUUGCUUGAUUUCUAAAUCUGCAGCUUGUACCUCUCACUCAAUGGCAUUUGAUGAGCCUUCCUCAAGAAAUGUAAGCUCUGAGUCUGCUCAAUGUGAUAAUACCUAUCAGAAUUCAGCACAAAUGGCUGUUCAGAGCUUGAGUGAGUGUAAAAGUAAUGGCAAGCCUGAUAUCACAGGUUUUGGAAUGGGACAAGUUGAUGAUAAUAAAGCUGAGCAACAUAACGUCACUAAAUAUGUGGAGUGUUCACCUCCAGGAAAUCAGAAGUCACGGAAUGAGGAAUCCGCUGGUCUUACUAGUUUGGAUUUAAGCAAUGAAGAAAAUAAUAAGCUGAUUAGAAAACCACCUCGCAAGAAGUCGGUUGCCAAGAGAAGUUUGGGUUCUAGACCUAAAUUUGGUGGCACUGCUAAACAGAAAAGUUCAGUUUCCUUGAAUAAAACUACCCCGCAAGGUGAAGGUGUAUGUUUGCCCAGUGAAAGUAAAGAGAUAGCAACUUGUGAUGCCAAUAAGCUUCAAGUGUCCCCUCAAAGCCUUGAUGUUAAUAAAUCAAUGGAACAAGAAACCAUUAUUAAAUAUGCAGAAGAUGCUGGUCGCAGAACUGAAUUUUUGGAUGACGAAACAGAGGCUCCAGAUGACAAAAGUGAAUAUGGGUUAGGAAUGGACCUUGAUGAAGAACUGUUUCAUCUUUCAAAAAAAGCGGUCACAGCAACUGAAGAGAAGUCAGGAGCAAAUCACCAUAAAACAAAAUGUGAAGAAGCAAUGCUUCCGAAGAAAGGUACAAAUGAAACUGAAAAACAGAAGCCACCUUCACUGGUAGACUCAACCUCGAAGUUAAAAGUAAAGCAUCAAGCGAGAAAACGUCCUGCAGGUAGAACCAAGAAGACUACAGUUGCGAAUAAAUUAUCGAAAUCUGAAGAGGUGGUAUCAGAGAAGGUUCAUAAUGAGACGAGACAUCUGGCAGAGAAAGAAACCCUGGAAGAAAUGUCCCUUCCUUCUCAUAUAAGUGAUAACUCAACUGUACCAAGAAGUAAGUCAGGGAAUUUUGUAGAAGAGGAGAAGGAGAAUAGACCAAUUGAUGGAGAGCAGGAUGUAGUGGAGGGAAGAAGUGUUGGAAAUCCAACUAUUAAAUCUAGUGUAAAGCCAGCAAAGAUCAACUCUAGGAGAAUGGGGCUCAAUCCAUCAAUAUCAGAAUCUAAUGCAAGAGUGAAAACUGAAGCCGCGUGUUUUAUAUUAAAAGGGCAUUGCCUACAGAGAAAGGAGUUUCAACAAGUAAUCAAGCGUUUAAAAGGAAGGGUUUGCCGGGAUUCUCAUCAGUGGUCAUAUCAGGCGACACAUUUCAUAGCCCCAGACCCUAUACGCAGGACUGAAAAAUUUUUCGCUGCUGCUGCAUCCGGAAGGUGGAUUCUUAAAACUGAUUUCUUAACUGCCAGUAGCCAGGCAGGAAAGUUCUUGUUAGAGGAGCCUUAUGAGUGGCACCAGAAUGGUCUCAGUGAGGAUGGUGCAAUCAAUAUGGAGGCUCCGAGAAAGUGGCGGCUGUUGAAAGAAAGAUCAGGUCAUGGUGCCUUCUAUGGAAUGCGAAUUGUUGUAUAUGGCGAUUGCAUUACCCCGUCUUUGGAUACUCUGAAGCGUGUGGUCAAAGCUGGAGAUGGAACGAUAUUAGCAACUUCUCCUCCUUAUAAUCGCUUCCUUGGUACGGGGAUCGACUAUGCCAUAGUUAGCCCUGGCAUGCCACGUGUUGAUAUGUGGGUCCAAGAGUUCUUAAAACAUGAGAUACCUUGUGUUGUAGCGGACUACUUGGUCGAGUAUGUCUGCAAGCCCGGGUUCUCCCUUGAGAAGCAUGUAUUGUAUGGCACUCAUGCUUGGGCAGAGAAGUCAUACGCUAAACUUCAAAGUAUGGCAGAAGAGAUUAUUGAGGAGCUCAUUCCUCCUGAGGAUUGCAGUGAUGAUGAUAUAAUUUGCCAAGUAUGUGGAUCCCGGGAUAGAGGAGAUGUAAUGCUGAUUUGUGGUGAUGAAAGUGGUUCCCUUGGCUGUGGAAUUGGUACCCAUAUCGAUUGCUGCGAUCCUCCACUCACAGAUGUUCCUGAGGAGGAUUGGUUUUGCCCAAAAUGCAGUACAACCCGAAAAUGCUCAAACAAUCCCAUGAAAAGGAAAAAGUGUCCCUUGUCUUUAUCUAAGAUUAAAUGAUUUUCCCUCCCCCUUUUUGAGUUGUCACCGUAUAGGAAACUUACUUGA